AUGGCAACACCUCAUGUUGUGGUGAUACCUUAUCCCGCACAAGGCCAUGUAAUUCCUAUCUUGGAGCUUGCUCAACGGUUAGUCCAGCAAGGAGUCAGAGUUACAUUUGUCAACACAGACUUUAACCACGAACGUGUGACCAGCAAUUGGUUAGACAAAGACAGUUUUGGGGAUCUGAUGCAGAUGGUCUCUAUCUCUGAUGGGUUAGAACCAUGGGACGACAGGAGCGACAUUUAUAAGUUGACCUUAUCAAUAAUGCAAACCAUGCCCCACAAGCUUGAAGAACUAAUAGAGACAAUUAACAAAGAAGAUUCAAGUAAAGUUACUUGUGUUAUUGCUGAUGAUUGCAUGGGAUGGGCCAUACGAGUUGCAAAGAAGAUGGGAAUUAGAAGAGCAGCCUUCUGGCCUGCCUCAGUUGCUACAUUGGCUUCCUUUUUGUCCUUUCCGAAACUGAUUGAUGAUGGCAUUAUAAACGAAAAAGGCACACCUCUAAAAGAGCAGACAAUUAAGCUGUCAGAAACUAUGCCUCCUAUAAAAUCGGAAAACCUCGGAUGGGUGUGCUUUGAGGAUGUGGCUCUCAUAGAAGCCAGCUUCCUAGUUGUAAAAGAAGCUGAAGAGGCUUCUAGAUUGACAGAUUGGUUUAUAUGCAACUCGACUACUGAGUUGGAGGCUGCAGCAUUUAGCCUGUACUCACAGUUGUUGCCGAUAGGCCCUCUUCUGGCAAGCAACCGACUUGCUGAACAGGCAGGCCACUUCUGGCAAGAGGACCAAACCUGCUUAACAUGGCUUGAUCAACAACAACCAUGCUCAGUAAUUUACAUUGCAUUUGGGAGCUUCACUAUUUUCAACAAAACCCAAUUUGACGAAUUGGCACUUGGUCUUGAGCUUAGCCACAAACCAUUCUUGUGGGUGGUGCGCCCAGGUAUGACCAAGGAGACUACAACUGAUUACCUGGAUGGAUAUAUGGAAAGAGUCGGUUCUCAUGGAAGGAUCGUGAGUUGGGCACCACAACAGAAGGUCCUGUCCCACCCUUCGGUAGCAUGUUUCAUGAGUCACUGUGGUUGGAACUCUACUUUAGAAGGUGUCACAAACGGUGUCCCUUUUUUGUGUUGGCCAUACUUCGCUGAUCAAUUUCACAAUGAGACAUACAUUUGUGACAUUUGGAAGACUGGGUUAAGGAUGGAAAAGGAUGACGCUGGUAUCAUUAAUCGAGGAGAAAUAAAAAGUAAGUUGGAGGAGUUGCUCAGUGACGAAACAUACAAAGUUAAGGCUUUGGAUAUUAAAAUAAAGGUUACAAGUAGCAUCAGAGAAGGGGGUUGCUCAAACAGAAACCUUAACAGUUUUGUUGAAUGGAUUAAAGAGAGAUGAAUAUAAUUCUCAAUGAGAUUUGCCAUAUUCCUAAGAAAUUAACCAAA